AUGAAGGAAAAUAAGUUUGUUAUGGGAGAAGAAGAGCCAUCAACGACAACAACAACUGCUGGAGCAGCAGAAAAGCAACACAAUAAAAAGCAGUACACUCGUCACCAUGUCAAAAGGCGUUCAAGUGGAAGGGUUCAUGUUAACAAAUUAGCGCCCAUGGCCAGAGUGAGCAAUAACGCCGCACAUACAGAUACAGAAGCUGAAGUGGAAGAUAAUGAAAGUAAUAAUAGACCAGUUAUGCGUCGUAGUCAAUCACAAAGAUCGCUACAUAGAUUAUCUACAGAUAGAAAGGCUUUGACAGGAUUUACAGCAAGAAGAAAGUCUUCAAAUGCUUCUAUAAAACAAUCAACCUUGGAUAAUUUUACAGCUAUAAAUAACAGCACAGACAACCCUCAACCAACAACAACAGCAAUAAUUGACAACAAAAACCCAGUACCGCUAAGUCAUACAGCAGUUGCAGCACCCGUAGAACAAACAUUUAAUGCAGUAGCCAAUAACCUUGUUGUGCCCAAGAUAUCUUCCUACUCUACAAAUAAUAACAGUAAUAAUAGUAAUGAGCCCAGCAUAAACAAGAAGCAAUUACUUAAAUCACAGUUCAUUUCCUCCACUGAAAGUAAUUCACCACCCAAACGAUCCAAUUCUCAUGAAAAUAUCAUCAGUAAUUCACCACUUCAAAUGACACGUAUGUCAAGAACACAACAAAAACUAAUGCUUCAGAGACAACAAGCGCAAAUAGAGGAUGAGACGAGUCCAUUUCACCCAAAGAAUAUGCAAAAACUAAACAAAGAAUUAGAGUUGGUGGGUAGAGAGUAUAAAUGCAUAAAAAGAUAUCAAGACCCGAUGAAGCUCAGCUUAUCCCGCUGUUUGUUAUUAACACAGCAACAAGAACAGACUUAUAUUCCUCAUCUUGAACAAAGGCAAAUUGUACAUCGUCAUCAUCAUUUAAAAUCGAUUGCUUUGUCAAGACAACAGCAACAACAACAAAGACAACCUGAAGAACAGCAGCAAGAUAAUCAAGAUUCGUAUGGUUUAUUUUCAUUCUUAGACAAGAUGUUUCAUAAUAAAAUAUAG